AUGGGUGAUGAUUGGACAGAUAAUAGACAAAGAACACUCAUCAACUUCCUUGUGUAUUGUCCUGAAGGAAUAUCGUUUGUGAAAUCUGUUGAUGCUUCGGACAUUGUCAAGGAUGCAACUAAUUUGUUUCAGUUAUUUGAUGAGGUGAUUGAAUGGGUUGGUCCACUCAAUGUAUUUCAUAUAGUGACUGAUAAUGUAGCAAAUUAUGUGGCCGCGGGGAGAUUGAUUUCUCAGAAGCAUAAACACAUUAAUUGGUCACCUUGUGCAGCUCAUUGCCUUAAUUUGAUCUUUAAGGAUAUUGGUAAGAUGGACCAUGUUGCUAAACUUGUAAGACGUGCAUCAAAUGUGACAAUUUUUGUGUAUAAUCAUGUUGCUUUGUUAAGUUGGUUGAGAAAAAGAGAAAGAUGGAUAGAGAUUUUGCAACCUAGUGCAACUCGCUUUGCUACUACAUUUAUUGCACUCAAGAGUCUUCAUGAUCAUAAACAUGACUUGCAAGCUUUGGUGACUAGUAAGUUUUUUGUGGACUCUAGAUAUUCAAAGGAUUAUAAAAGCAAAGUUGCAGUUUCCAUCAUCUUGGAUAAUAGAUUUUGGAAUGAUUGUUUGAUUGUUGUGAAUCUUAUGUCUCCACUAAUGCGCUUAUUGCGUAUUGUUGAUUGUGAUGAGAGGCCUUCGAUGGGAUAUGUGUAUGAAGGCAUGUAUAGGGUUCGUUUGGGCAUCAAGAAAUUGUUUAACUACAGCGAAAGACUAUACAAGCCUUAUACAGAGAUCAUAAAGCAACGUUGGGAUCAACAACUAAAGAAAAGCAUUCAUUCAACAGCUUAUUGGUUGAAUCCAUGUUUCUAG